UUCCCUGGGCGCUGGGUGUCCCGGUACCGUGCAGCCCCCAGGCACUGACUGUUGUGGAAUCGGGUAUCCUGGUGCCGUGCAUCCCCCGGGCACCGGGCAUCCCAUUACCAAGCAUCUCCCUGGGCACCGGGCAUCCUGGUACUGAGCAUUUCCCCUGGGCACUGAGCAUCCCAGUACCGAGUAUAGGGCAUCCCUCCCCUGGCACCAGGCAGCGGGUAUCCUGGUAUCAGACCCCACCACUCCAAGCAUGGGGCAUCCCUGUACCACGUUAAAACUACAAAGCAUGGGCAUACCGAUAUGGAGCAUCCUCUCAGGUAUCGGGUGUCCCAGUGCUGAGCCUCCUGGCACCAGACAUCCCCACCGAGCAUCCUGGUAGCAGCCAGGGUGUGGGCACCGGGUACCAAACAUUCCUUCAAGCACCGAGCAUCCCAGUAGUGAGCAUCUCUGCCCAGGGCACCCCCACUGGGUACCAGGCAUCCCGGGCACUGAGCUCCCCAGUACUGAGUACUCUCACCUGGCACUGGGCUUCUCAGCACUGGGCACCCCAAAAUGGACACUGCAGUCCCAGUAUGGAACAUCCACUCAGGGCAUGGGCAUCCUGGUACUGAGCAUCCUGGUCCUUAGAACCUGGUACCGAGCAUUCCUCCUGGGCAUCCUUGUACCAAACAUUCCAGUACCAACCAUCCCAGUACUGAGCAUCCCAGUACCAUCUCCCUUGGUAUCCCGGUACCAAGCAUCUGCUCAGGUACCAGACUGCAGCUUCACCUGCCACUACCGCUGCCGGGCCCUGGUGCGGCUGGACUGCAGUGGCCCCCCAGGCACCGGGGACGAGGACGAUGGCAGCGAGCAGGAGCUGGAGAAGGACACGAAUGUGGAUGAGCCCAGCAGCUGGGAGACGGCGGAGCUGGACCCGGCGCAGGUGGAGCAACGCAUCAAGGAGUACAACAGCCAGAUCAACAGCAACCUCUUCAUGAGCCUGAACAAGGAUGGCUCCUACACCGGCUUCAUCAAGGUGCACCUGAAGCUGGCACGCCCCGUCUCUGUGCCGGCCGCCAAGCGGGGCCCUGGGGGGCGGCCGGGGCAGCGCACGGCGGGCGUGAAGCGCCGCACGUCCUUCUACCUGCCCCGCGGCACCGUCAAGCACCUGCACGUGCUCUCCCACACCCGCGCCAGCGAGGUGAUCGGCGCGCUGCUCCGCAAGUUCACCGUGGUGGACGACCCCCGCAAGUUCGCCCUCUUCGAGAGGUCCGAGAAGGAUGAGCAAGUGUACCUGCGCAAGCUGGCGGACGACGAGCAGCCGCUGCGGCUGCGGCUGUUGGCAGGGCCCAGCGAGAAGGCGCUGAGCUUCGUCCUGAAGGAGAACGAGAGCGGCGAGGUGAACUGGGACGCCUUCUCGCUGCCAGAGCUGCACAACUUCCUGCGCAUCCUGCAACGCGAGGAGGACGAGCAGCUGCGCCGCGUCCGCCACCGCUACGCCCGCUGCCGCCGGGAGCUGCAAGCCGCGUUGGCCGCCCGCACGCCGGGCUGACGCCAACCGCACCGGCACGGCCGCCCGCCGGCGGGGGCACGUCGCCGGGAGCGCGGGGCGGCGCGGGGCGUCGCGCUCCGAUCAAUAAAACGCUGCGAGAAGAG